AUGACUUUGCAAUCGAUGAAGAGAUAUCCUCCUACUAUGGCGGAGCCUCCAUACCAUUCAUAUGGGAGUCAAGGCCAGGAACACCCAAAAACCACCUCUGCUCCGAUUCCUCUCUUCCUCCGCCCCUCACGCCGCCUCCGUCGUACUACUCUUCCGAGAUUUUGUCGACACCGAAGAGACAAAGCAAGCGAUCUCAGGAGGAGCAAUCACGGUAGCAAGAAGACGACCAGCUCAUCGUUUUCUUGGUCUUCUACGUCAUCUUCAUCUUCCUUUUCCUCCUCGCCACCACAUUCUUUGAAAAAACGAGCGAGUCAUGACAAAAAAUCACCACUUCUGUACGCGAACUACGGAGAGGAUGAGCUUAGGUCGUCACCAACCUCGACUCUGCGUUACUCCAAGGGGGGGCGAAUUGGGUGUAGUUCUUCAAUGGGGAAUCUGACAAGAGCUCUGUUCCCUGGAUCAAUGGAGAAUAUGAAGAGAAACGGGACCACUGGUAAAGCUCUAAUCAUCAGCGACAUGAAUAAAGCUUGAUUAUGUGAAUCUAUUGAGUGCUUGAUUCUUUCUAUGAGCUGCUUCACCUCAUUGAACAGAGUGUUAUAGUGCUUGAUGUGUGAAUGUAACUGUAUGACGUAUAUAUAUAGUUUGUCUCUCUCAGUCGUGGCCUUAACCGUGUGUUGUGGACACUGGACAGGCUUUUUCGUCAAUUCAUGUCUAUCUAGAACCAAGAACGUUCUCCCACUGAAACGAUGUUAAAUAUUAUAAACCGAUAGAUCUUUUGUA